GGGUCAAGGGUGUACACAUUACAAUAAGCUCACACCUUUUUCCCAUUUUCUUUUCUUUUGCACACUUUGGAUUUUCUCGAGAAAUUUUUUCCAUCUAUGGCUAGGUCUGCCAAAGGCCAUCAAGAUGAAUUGGACGACGACAACGACGAAGACCUCUUCACUGAAAACACCUCUUCCUCUCUCAACAAAGAGAAGGUGGAUGAACCCACUAAGGGGAAGAGGGUGAACCCUCAUCGUUCCAAGCAUUCAGAGACUGAGCAGCGUCGAAGGAUCAAAAUUAACGAAAGAUUUCAGGUUCUGAAAGAUCUCAUACCUCAAAAUGAUCAGAAAAGAGAUAAGGCCUCCUUGUUGUUGGAGGUUAUUCAGUAUGUUCAGUUCCUACAGGAAAAGCUACAAAUUUAUGAACAGUCUCAUGAAGGAUGGAAUCAGGAGCCGACGAAAUUAAUUCCAUGGAGAAAUCAUCAUGGGCCUGCUGAACAUACUACAGAUCCUUCUCAAGCUAUUCAAAACGGGUCUGUUAUUGCGAAAAAUAAUGACAUCUCUUCAUUACUGCCCCAAAAUGUACAGAACCCAAUAGAGUCUGACUUCUCAACGACAACUAUUCAGAAGGGCCACACCCCUUGUUCAGCUACUGAAAAAGUUCCCAUGACGAAGCAAAUGCGAUUGGACGUGUUUGAUCCAGUUGUUAACAGUGGUUUGGUGACCCAGCAUGUGCUGGAACCUCUGUCUAAUGCGGGCAUACCUUCCCAUACCGAGCCUCAAGUAUGGCUUAGUAAACCAAAUAAGGACAAAUAUAUUGUUCCAGAUAAUACAUUGAAGGAACAGGAGGAGCUGACAAUUGAAAGUGGAUCAGAUAGCAUUUCCAAUGCCUAUUCUCAGAGAAUAUUAGAUACUCUCACACAAGCACUGCAGUGCUCAGGGGUGGAUUUGUCUCAGGCCAGUGUCUCAGUGCAAAUUGAUGUCGGUAGACGAUCAAAUAGCGGGUUGACCCCCUCUACAUAUAGCUCAAAGGGUCAUCAAAACCAGUUUUUGAACAAUCAAGGAAUGGCAUGUUCAGGAGGUGAUUAUUGCAGUGAGGAUUCUGAACAAAGUCAGAAGAGGCUCAGGCGAGAAGCAAGCUAGCAGUCCCCCUCAAGUUGAUUUUGUCCUGAUCAUUUUUUCUUCUCAGCGUAGGGAAAGUGCUGUUGGGUUGGUCAGGUCAUUUUUGCCAUGCUGGUUUAAUCCAGAUAAUGAGAUAAAAUGUGUAUAUUUCAUGAUUAUGGCCUUGAAACGAAGGACAUUCUGAAAUAAUGUUAUAUAUGUUUGUGCUUCUAUUGAAUUUCUCAUUUUAAUGGCUGAAAA